GUUCUGGCCAACAUGGCAGCUUCUGCGAACGCGGCGAUGAGCGAACGCGAGCUCAAGUUUGUUCAGAUCGGUCUCAGCGAGCAGAAGGCGAAGGAGACGGCGAAAAAUGCGACGCUUUCGCAGGGCCUCUUUGACGCAAUCGUCGCGGCCGAGGGAACAGCGAACCAGCCGAUCACGAAAGCUUUGGGCAACCUUCUCUACCACGUCGUGACGAAGAUGAAGGGACAAAUAAAACAGUACGAGCCGCUCCUCGUCGAGUAUGUUGCCAAGGGAAAGCUCGACUCCGAGGCCAAGCUGACAGCUGCCAUGGAUUACCUGCUCACCCACCCAGAACCCCCGCUGGACACAAAGGCGUUCGAGACGUACAGCGGCGUCGGUGUCGUCGUCUCGCCCGACCAGAUUGAAAAGGCCGUCGAGGACGUCAUCAACAAACACCGGGAGAAGCUUGUGGAGGACCGAUACCAGUUCAACGUUGGCACUCUGCUCGCGGAAGCUCGCUCAAAGCUGCCCUUUGCCGAGGGCAAGUUCAUCAAGAAUGAGGUGGACUUGCAGGUGCUGCACCUGCUUGGCCCUAAGUCAGACGCUGACCUCCAGAAAGCGUCUCGUCCUAAGACCAAGGGAGGCAAGGAGCGCCCGAAAGCCUGCACUCCUCGGGAUACACAGUCGGUUGACAUUCAGCUGAAUAGUGCAAGGUCAAGUAUCAGCCAUUCCCGAAAGACAGUGCAUUCAACUAUCUUGGAUUGCAUAUCUGCCGACACUGGUGCCAACACGAUGGAGGAACUCUUCCGGACCAAGGUGCACUUCCACAAGCCCGGCGAGAACCACAAGACCGAAGGCUACAUAGUCACCCCGGCCACCAUGGCACACCUCAAGAACCACCUCAAGGUCACCGGGGGCAAGGUGCGGACACGGUUUCCUCCGGAGCCCAAUGGCAUCCUGCACAUAGGGCACGCCAAGGCCAUCAAUGUGAACUUUGGGUACGCCAAGGCACAUGGUGGCGUGUGCUUCCUGCGAUACGACGACACCAACCCUGAGAAGGAGGAGGAGCGCUUCUUUGCAGGAAUUCAGGACAUGGUGCAGUGGCUAGGCUACGAACCGUACAAGGUGACCCAUGCGUCCGACUACUUUGAUGACCUCUACGUCUUGGCUGUACGGCUGAUCCAGCGUGGUCUGGCCUAUGUCUGUCACCAAACCGCGGAGGAGCUCAAGGGAUUCAACCCGCCGCCAUCGCCUUAUCGGGAUCGCACCAUCGAGCAGAAUCUCCGGUUGUUUGAAGACAUGCGCAAGGGAAAGUUCAACGAGGGCGAGGCCACGCUCCGGAUGAAGGUGACCCUGGAGGAAGGCAAGCAGGACCCCGUGGCAUACCGGGUGCGGUUCGUCCCGCACCCCCGCUCGGGCGACAAGUGGUGCAUCUACCCGACGUACGACUUCACCCACUGCCUGUGCGACUCGCUCGAGCACAUCACCCACUCGCUGUGCACCAAGGAGUUCCAGUCACGGCGCUCCUCCUACUACUGGCUCUGCAAUGCCGUCGACGUCUACUGCCCCGUGCAGUGGGAGUACGGCCGGCUCAACCUCAACUACACCGUCGUCUCCAAGCGCAAGAUUGCCAAGCUCAUCGAGCAGGGCGUCGUCAGGGACUGGGAUGACCCACGGCUGUACACACUGACAGCACUGAGGCGGCGUGGGUUUCCUCCGGAUGCCAUCAAUAACUUUUGCGCCAAGCUGGGUCUGACGGGGUCCCUCUCAGCUGUAGACCCUCAGCUGCUGGAAGCCUGCGUUAGGGAUUCGCUAAACCUGACAGCACCCAGGGUGAUGUGCGUGGUGGAGCCACUCAAGGUGACCAUCACGAACUUCCCGCACGGUCAGGAUGCCGAGGUGCCAGUCACGGUGCCCGACUUUCCAGCCUCGCCUGAACGAGGCUCACACACGGUCACAUUUGCCAGCGUGGUCUACAUCGAGGUGGCCGACUUCCGGGAGACCGCCGACAAGUCCUUUCGCCGCCUCACGCUCAAACAGUCUGUUGGCCUCCGGCACACUGGGCUGGUCAUCUCGGUCAGCAAGGUCAUCAAGGAUGCUGCUGGUGACGUUCAGGAGCUGGAGGUGACGUGCCAAAAAGCCGAAGACGCCGAGAAGCCUCGUGCGUUCAUCCACUGGGUCUCCAAACCGGUCAACUGCGAAGUGCGGUUGUACGACCGGCUAUUCUUCCAUAAGAACCCAGAAGACACAAGCGAGGCAGCCGGUGGCUUUCUCAGCGAUGUCAAUCGCGAUGCCAUGACAAUCUGCAGCGACUCGCUCAUUGACCAGUCACUGGCUAGCUGUUCCGUCUUGGAUAAGUUCCAGUUUGAGCGCCUUGGAUACUUUUGUGUCGACCAGGACAGUGCUCCAGAGAAGAUUGUGUUCAACAGGACGGUCACACUAAAAGAGGAUUCUGGGAAGAACUGACAGCGUCGACACUGUCAUCCUUAGGUGCCUCUGUUCUUCAAAGUGUUGUGAAUCACAUGCAAUGACGCACAAGGAUUCUAUUUUUUCAAAUUUUUUUGUACAGUCGACAGUUGUUGAUCACUGCUAUGUGCUCCUUCCCGGCCCCUGCAAACCAGCCAAAGCCUCAUUCACUCUACGCAGCGAUUGAAACAAGCGCCAAACGGAACACAUCACCGAUAACGCCUGCACUCUACACACUGGACUCCGGCACUCCAAGUGCAGACAACUCCGGCAUGAAUGAGGAGAGCAAUAAUUGACGGGCGCAGUGAUGCUAUAGCUCGAGUUCUUUGCCUUGCCAAGGAUGUUUGCUUUUCUUCAUUAGUACUGUGGAAAGGCAACUUCUCGCGGGACUGACACACAACUUGGUGUAAAGGGGCGGGUCAAUAAAUUAAUUUAAAUAUGCUCGAGGGGGGGGGGGGGUACAUCUGCGAUGUUUGUUUUAAUUACCGAGCUUAUGCAUAAAUGCUUUCUGACGAAUUAAUUUAAAAUGUGUUUUGCGACGGGUUUCCUCGGUGACGUCUGUAUGUUGAAGUUUGCGCAUAAAGGCUUUCUACCUGGACA